AUGGAUUCUUCUUCACUUUCACAGAGUAGCACCCCUUUCCAAGUCAACCAUAGUUCCUUCCAAAAAAAUUAUCAAACAAUAACCGAGGUUGAUUUCUUUAAGAAUUACAACAAUGAUCGUAAUAAUAAUAAUAAUAAUAAGGUUGUUGUCACUCCAUUUAGCUGUCCCACCGCUGUCUCUUUCCUUGACAUUCAUCGUACCAACAUGCCAUCUUUUCUUGAUUUAAAACUCAACACCGGCACCGGUCUCAGGCUCGGUCUCAAUAUUCUUGCUACCAAUGAUGCUAGUGAUCAAGAUGAUGAUAAUGACCUAUCAUCUAAAUUCAAUGACGCAGCAGACACUAAGAAUACGAUGGCUAUUUUUCGAGGCAAGCUUGCUCGAAUGAAAAUGGAAAAUAGUCGAUUAAGUUUGAUGCUUGAUCAACUUCAAACCGACUAUGAUAUGCUGCGGAUGCAUUUUGAGAAAGUGAUGCAUGACAAGAAGAAUGAGGAAGUUGAAGGGUUUGUUGGAAAAUUUAAAAAGAAAAGAAGAACUGUGAAUGGUGGAGUAUUGGUUCCAAGAAAUUUCUUGGAGCUUGGUGUGGAUAUUAAUACUGAUACUGAGAUAGAUGCUGAACUCUCUUCUUUAAGAAUAAGAAGUAAAGAUCGAUUGGGAUCCCUGCCGAACACCAACAUUGAAGUUUCUUCGGAGGAUUUAGUCCUAAAUAAGAAUGGGAAUAUUAGUGAUGAAGAAAAUAAGGAGCUUGAUAGAGGGAUUGAAAGAGAGAAUAGUUCCAUUGGUCAUUCUGAGAGAUUUCAAAGGCUGAAUCCUCAAAACUUUGCUUCAGACUUUGUUAAUAUUGAUCGAAUUGAUGUUGCGGCUAUCUUGAUGAGAGCAAGAGUUUCUGUUAGAGCCAAAUCAGAGGUAAAUUUGUCAAAAAUUUCUGAUGGAUGCCGAUGGAGAAAGUAUGGACAGAAAAAAAUGGCAAAAGGAAACCCGAGUCCACGUUCUUAUUAUAGGUGCUCCAUGGGUAGUGGUUGUCCAGUGAGAAAACAGGUACAAAAGUGUGCUGAAGACAAAACAGUGGUAAUCACAACAUAUGAAGGAUAUCAUAACCAUACUUUACCUCCAGCAGCUAUGGAAAUGGCACAAACAGCUGCAGCAGCUGCAAGAAUGCUUCUUUUAGAAUCAACCUCAAGAAACGAUGGAAAAGUGAAUGCGAGUUUCCUCCAGAGGGCAAUUGUUCCUUGUUCUACAAGUCCUACAACUAUUUCAACUUCUGUUCCAUUUCCGACUAUCACACUUGAUUUUACUCAAACUCCAAAUCCUCUACAACACCAAAUGCUUCAAAAUCAGUUAUAA